AUGGGAUUUCUGGCUCCAUCUAAACCCAUCAACUUGGUUGGUUACAUUGGCUUGGGCCUCGCUGGUGGUCCUCUAUGCCAAUGUAUCCUCAAAGGAGGAUUCCGGACUAUCGUCAGAGACGCGGACCCAAAACGACAACGAAAAUUUGUGGAAGCAAACAAGAAUUUCCCCGUGGAAGAGGCAGAAGAUGGACCAGAAGCCUUCAAGGAUGUGGAUGUUCUGAUCACCAUGGUACCCAAUGGCGAUAUUGUUCGUGACAUCCUGCUAGGUCGGGAGGGGAUUGCCCCUUUUUUGAAACCAGGCACAAUAAUAGUGGACACUUCGUCCUCCAAUCCUUUCACGACGCGAAAACUGGGUGAUGACCUCAAAGCGUAUCAGCUUCGGCUGAUAGAUUCGCCCGUCACACAAGUGCGUAUGCACGGCAUCAACGACGGCGAGGCUACCUUCAUGCUUGGUGGCAGCGUUGAAGACAUUCGAAUGGCAGAGCCUGUGCUCGCGACCAUGUCCCGCUGGCGGUUCCACAUGGGCCCGUUGGGCAGUGGCCAUGUCAUGAAAACAUUCAACAACUACAUAACGGCCGCGGGGAUCGCAGCUCUCAACGACUCCUUCAUUGUCGGUCGUAAGAUGGGACUGGACCCAGCUAUGAUGACCGAUGUUUUGAAUGUCGGCACAGGCCGGAAUUAUGGUACGGCGCAUUCCAUCAGGGCCGAGGGCUUGACCAGAACCUACUCCAGCGGGUACGGCCUCGCCCUGCUGGUCAAGGACCUGGGCAUCAACCUAGAUCUCUGUGAAAAGAUGGCCAUCGACACGACUCUGAGUCAACUCAUGCACGGAACGUUCAAAGAGGCUCUCGAGCUCCCUGGUGUCGAGAAGACUGCAGAUUAUACCGAAUGCGUGAAGUUGUGGGAAGAGAAAUCUGGCAUCCAACUGCCAACGUACACCAAUCUUCAAGAAUGCGAUGAGCCUAGAGAUUGA